CGCCACACACAGCAGCAGCAGCACACCGAGCAGCACGCCGGCCACGCCGAUCGCCGCCGCCACCACCACCACCACCACCCUUCCUCUGCCACUCCUGCCACCCCGGGCCGCCCCACCGCGCCACGGGCCACCGUGUCUCGUCCAGGCACCAGCAGCAGCAGCAGCAGACGCAGCAGCAGAAGCAGCAGCAGCAAUGGCCAAGCUGUACAUAGGGAACGUGGAGGAAGGCGUCAGCGCCGCCGACCUGGAGAACGUGUUCGCCGAGCGUCAGCUGGCCGUGAGCGGACAGGUCCUGCUCAAGGCCGGCUACGCCUUCGUGGACACGCCGGACGAGACGACGGCGCUCAAGGCCAUCGAGGCCAUCUCCGGUAAAGUGGAACUCAACGGCAAGUUCCUGGAAGUUGAACACUCUGUUCCGCGGCGACAGAGGAACCGCAAGAUACAAGUGUGGAACAUUCCGCCCCACCUGCAAUGGGAGGUUCUGGAUGGCUUGUUGGCCCAGUACGGCACCGUGGAGAGUUGCGAUCAAGUUGCAACGGAGAGUGAGACGGCGGUUGUCAACGUAACGUACGGCACCAAGGAGGAAGCCAAGGAGGCUGUGGAAAAGCUGAACGGGCACGAGCUGGACAGCUAUGCACUCAAGGUGUCAUACAUCCCGGAUGAGGCCGCCAGCAGCCAGGACCCGGAGCUGUCGCAGAACGGCAGCUCCCAGCAGCGUAAGCGCGUGAGCCGACGCGGGGGCCGCGGGGGCAGCAGCGGGCCCGGCGGCCGCCAGUCCGAUCGUCCGGCGGGCGGAGGCGGCGGCCCCGGAGGAGCCACCUACUAUGGAACCGGCGGCGGGAGAGGGGGUGGCCCCAGGCGCAGACCCCUGAUGGACUCGGAGGGGGCCGGCCGCCAGCCUCCGCACACGCUGCCGCUGAGGAUGCUGGUGCCCAGCCAGUACGUGGGCGCCGUCAUCGGAAAGGAGGGUGCCACCAUCCGCAGCAUCACGCAGCAGACCCAGUCCAAGGUGGACGUGCAUCGCAAGGAAAUGCUGGGCUCGGCCGAGAAGCCCGUGACGAUCCAGGCGAGCCCUGACGGCCGCUCGGCCGCUUGUCGCUUGAUCCUCGAGCUGCUCCAGAAGGAGGCACACGACACCGGAGAUGUCGAGGAUAUCCCACUCAAGAUCCUGGCUCACAACAACUUUGUGGGGCGUCUCAUCGGCAAGGAGGGCAAGAACCUGAAGAAAGUGGAGCAGGACACGGGCACCAAGAUCACCAUUUCCCCGCUGCAGGAUGUGACCAUGUACAACCCGGAGCGUACCAUCACCGUGCGAGGCAGCGUGGAAGCCUGCGGCCGUGCCGAGGAGGAGAUCAUGCGGCGACUGCAGGAGGCGCACGAGACCGACUACAGCUCCAUGAACCAGCAGGCCAACAUGCUGCCCGGACUGAACCUGAACGCCGUGGGGCUGUUCCCGCCGGGGAUGCCCGGUGCGACGUCCUCCCUGGGGGCCUACGGCACCUCCUCGGCCUACAUGCCCCUGCUGGGCCCCUCUCCGUACGCCCACCCAGGCGCCCCCCACGGCAUGUCCUCUCAGCCCUCUUCCAGCGAGCAGGAGACGGUGUACCUGUUUGUGCCGACGCAGUCCGUGGGCGCCAUCAUUGGCCGCAAGGGACAGAACAUUCAGCAGAUCUCGCGCUAUGCCAGCGCCUCCAUCCGGAUCUCGCAGGCUGAGGGCCCCGAUGUGAAGGAGAGGAUGGUGACCAUCGUGGGCCACGCCGAGGCUCAGUUCAAGGCCCAGGGCCGGAUCUACAGCAAGCUGAAGGAGGAGAACUUCUUCAACCCUCGCGAGGACGUCAAGCUGGAGGUGCACAUCAAGGUGCCGUCCGCUGCCGCCGGACGGGUCAUCGGCAAGGGUGGCAAAACGGUGUCGCAGCUGCAGAACCUCUCAUGCGCUCAGGUGGUGGUGCCACGCGACCAGACCCCCGACGAAGAUGACCAGGUCAUCGUCAAGAUUAUUGGACACUUCUUCGCCAGCCAGACUGCCCAGCGCAAGAUUCGAGAGAUCCUGCAGCAGUAUCACUCACAGCAGCAGAGGCGGAGGUCAGGGUCCGGCCCACAGGGCCCCUCCGCCCAAGGCUCCGGGUCAGGCGACGGCCAAGUGCAGGCCCAGUCUGAUGAGGAGUAGGCAUCGUCACGUUCACCAUGGAGAAGGGAGAGACAUCGGAAGAGAUGGCAAAACCAAACUGCUUCCGAAUGUCUUAACCCAGUCACACAUGCACACACAGACACGCAUGCACGUGCACGCAGUCGCGCACGUGCACAUGUACACACACGCAAACACAUGCACGCGUACACUUACAUGCACAUUAGGGAUGGACCUUAUUUUUCAAAAUGGGUUUCAUGAUUGGCGUACCCUGUGGAUUGUUGUUGAAUGAUGCAUAACUUACAUUUUUGCCAAUUUGAAGGAUAUUAUAGGGGUUGCUACCAAGUACUGAAGUUUAAGUUUGUGGCUUCGAAUUGUGAGUUUCUAGAAUAUUUUAGAGAUUGCUUGAAUUCGUUGGAACAUGAGGUAAUAUUCUAGAAACUUCUGGAGUAACUAUUCUACGUAUUCCUGCAGUCACGAAAGCUUUAAGUCAAGAUUCUGGAAUAACCUUCAACAUUCUAGAAUAACCUGGAGAUUUCUGGAGUAGGUUGAACAUCCCUGAAAUGCACUGGACAAAUCUGUUCUUCUGGAAUGUUCCAGAAAACCCUGGACCAUUACAGCACAGAACAUUUCUCCAGGAGCUUCUUCCAGGGUGUUCCAGAAGAUACCAAAUCACAAAUCCUUGAAAUGCUGGGAAAAGGAAUGGAGCAUGCGUUGUGGUUGAACACAAGUUGUAUGCAGAAUCUCCAUUCUGCAUACAAGUACCAUGUGUUUGAGAUCAUGCUCAAGACAGUCUUAAACACAUCCUUGAGGCUAUCACCCAGUCCUGAUAUCUUCAUUUUCAAACAGUUCCCAGCAAAAUGGCAUCGAUCAAUAAUGGCGAAUUCACUGCCACUGCUGUAGCAGAUGUGACAAUGCAAGUUGCCUUGGCCAAGAAACAACUGGUUCUCUGAUCAACUACGAAGAGCCCUUAAGAGUGUUGCUCCUCGUGGUGUUAAAAUCCUCUGGCGGACUUUACAGGGCACAGUGAAUGGCAAGAGCCAUUUUUAGCCAUCAAAAUGUGGAUGUUCGUAGGACUGUUUUUUUCUCUCGUUACCAAGGAGGAGGAGAAGGGACUGGUUUGUUGUUCUUGAAGGACUUGAUGAUUCCAAGGCAGCUAACACAAGUGUUGCCAAUGCUGCUAUCAAGACAUUUUGUGGGCAUCGGUGGUGGCUUGGAGAGAAGGCUGAUGAUGGCUCAUGCUUUCUGUGACAGGGUCCAGAAAUUAAGGGCAAAGUGGUGGAAUCCCUUCAAGAGGAAAGUGGGGAGGACAUUACAAAACAAGCCACCGUUGAGCGAUGCCAUUAAGGAGAAUCGUUUGGAGUAAUUCAUCUUGGCACACACUUUGAGGUCCAAGUUUCUGGACAUAGAUCCUGAAGAAUGGCACAUUGAUGCUUGCUGGGGGAAGACAAAAUGGUCAGAGCCACGACAGAACAAGGAGUCCGUCGCCUUCUCACGUGUGGUGAGAAUGACGCACAGCGCAGUACCUUCUACACGUUGUUGGUGACCGUUGCAAGUUAUUUCCAGACUUGGCGAAGGCAUAUCUAAUAUUAAAGCACAAUUCGUCUGCUGGUAGCAACCCCAAAUUAUUUUCCCCAAGUUAAUCAAAUUAUGCCAAGAUUAUUUCGUUGGAGAUUGGAACCAUGCAAUGGUGUGCCUCAAUAAUAAUGAUUAUCUCAUCACGUUACCCCAUUAUAAGGACCACCCUAAUGUGCAUGUUCAGCAACUUUAGUCAAACCCUUACUGUACAAGGGCCUCCCCACACCAUGCGUGUAAUGAGGGACAUUUGACCAUACUUCACCACGCUGGUCAGUGCCGUUUGGUGAAUAUGUGCGCACGUUAUACACGCACGCACGCACGAGGCAUGCGCACACGCACAGGGGGACACCCCCAGUGCUCACGUCGUGAAACCAGAUUCAGAUAACACGGUACGUCGGUCACUUCAGCACCGUUAGUGAAGUCAAAGUGAGCGGCACAUUCUGAACCGUCGCACUCAAUGACAAAGCAGGGGUUGAGUUGUCAGGCUGUGUUUUCCUAUCCGGCCACUAGAAACGUAUCCAGAGGGAGCAAAUAAAAUAUAAUUAAGGUUAUAUUAUCAGGAAAUGAUAACAAAAAACACCCCUCCCACAACGUGGAACAUUACGUCAUGGCAUAUCUCAACCUCUGCACACACACACUACAUCUCAGCACGUCUCUCAACCGCCUUAAAGUACUGUCCAGUACAAAACUGGACAAAUUGUCUGGUCUGUGAAAAGGUCACACGAACAGCUGCGUUGGCACUGUCUGUACCCACACCCCCCGCUCCGCGCGUACGCUGGGUCCGUCUUGCAUCGAGCGAACAGGUGCCGCACCUCUAUCUGUGCACGUUAGUUUAAGCCAAGUCUGAGACGGCAACAGCGGCGUUUCCAACUUCACGUAUUGCCGAGUGCGCGUACGUUAAUUGUGACGCGGGCACCACCGACGCGUGGUGUCCAGAUCAAUGUGCCGUCUGCUUGUUUUUGCCAUUUGCUAGACGUGCAAAUGGAUAGGAGGCGCUUGAUGCAACGCCCGCCGUCUCGCUGUGGGACCCAGCUGCGUGCUGUGUUGACCUGGUUACCGUGUGACCUUUCCACCGUCUGCGAGCCAGCCCUGCAGCAGUGCUCAUCGGAGCGAUUUUCCCAGGCUGCCGAGGGCCCACUCAGGACGAAUGCCGUUCCUCGGCGUGGCCGCUGCUCAAAUGUCCGGUCCACAGAGAGGGACGCCGGGAAAAAACAUAAGAGUCUGUCAAUGCCGAGGCUUAACUGUCCUCGCGAGGCCCGGACUUGUAUUUUUAUUCCUGGCGUCGUGUUUAAAUUUGGUAUUUUGCCAACAAUGUGAGCGUGGCAACUGGAGAGGCAGGGAGUGUUGACAGGGGCACACGCCGGCCAGCCGCGCCGGGGUGGGCCGUUGCUGCGUGUCGCUUGCUGCGCUCAUCGCACGCGGCACGAGCCACUCCCGGUGGCCUCGGCUCAAAGCUGGGACACCUCCGUGCUGGUGCCCUACCCCGUGCCACGCUCGCUGCCCUCGAGACCGCGAGCGAAGAAGGCAGUCGCUGCAGGGCAGGCCCGGACGUCCAACCCCCACUUCAGCAAAGGAAUGUGAUCAACUCUUAAACCCCGCGACACGAAGCGUGGCUUUUAAAACAAUAACAAUAACGGUAACCCACGUGACAUCACCAGAAUGUUAAAAAAACACCUUUUUUAAAGUUUUUUUUGGAGGUGGGAGAGGGGGGUAUAUUAUGCCAUCGUGAUUCUUUGUAAUACAAUUUUACUGGCAACGGACCUGAGGCAUUUGGGAAACAAAUAAAAAAAUAAAAAAUAAAAAAAGCAAAAAUAAAAAGUAAAAAAAGUCAAGGAAACGUAGAUAAGAGACGAAGCCUUACGAGGGCCAGGACCCGGCCGGGCCGCCGCGUGGGCCGCCGCGCGCUGGCGCGUCGCUGUUCUGUUUCAACAAACUACCUCAGUUGGCGAUCACGUACCUCGACUCGUUCCUUUAAUUCUGGCGGGGUAUUUUGUAAGAGAGCUUUAUGAAAUCGAUAGCCAUUGGACGGUUUUAUUUUUUUAAUUACAAAAUCAUAAAAUUGGAUUGGGCAUGCAGAGAGAGGAAGGGGCAGAAUAUGGGGGACAGCCGCAAGGACGGUGAACCCACACCCACCACCACCACCACCCUCUCGGUGCUCGCCAAUCCCGUGGAGUCUGGGGGUUCGCGACUGUGGCUGCGGUCCCCUCCCUCCCCUCGUGGGCACGAGGCGUUGUGGAGGGAGAUGCGUUUCGAGAUGCCCCACUGAUUCGUCACGGCCCUCUUUCUCGUCGACAGGCGGUUGGAUAUUUUGCAAGCGAUGGCUCCGUAUCUGGACAAAGUCUACCAGGACAGAGUCGAGAGAUUCAAUACGUCUUGAGAUUGGCGGGAGACGUCGAGAAUCGGAAUGUUGUCUCUUUCAUUUCUGUUAUCUCAGUGGGGUAUCUAUAAGCGGAUCGCCCCGCGUUGUAUUCAGCCACGUCCAUCGUAAUCGUCAGCAUUGUCGUUAGUGUUAUCCCUCGGCUAAACUGGACGCCCCUAUUGAAGAAGUGUGGUCGUUGUCAGGAUACAUCCGUCGAUUGCCAGCGUCAUCACCACCACGAGCGCGACCCACCCGUCACGGUGGCGAUCGCCGCCCCGCGGCACCGCGGCGCCUCCCCCGACCCCUCCAAGUCAGAGUGCUUCCACUCCCCGUGUCGCGCCCGGCACCCCCCCCCCCCCACCCCUGCAGCGAGCGCUGUGGGGGGCGCACACCGGAUGCAUCACUUACGGAUUCUUUAGCCAGAGAACGGGCGCGGUGUCCGAUAGGGUCAGUAGUAUACGUGAAUAAUGACGACGACGAUAGCAGUAGCGCGUCUGCACGAGCGACGCGUGCAGUGUGUGUUAUUGUUCAGUUGCCAAUCCUCUACAAAUGUUGCCGUGUAACUGAAUGUGAUUGCGACAGUUGAGAGGCUUGCGUGGGCCCGGCGCUCCGCUCCGCCGGCGCCUGUGGGAGGCAGGGCCGCCGCACGCGGCGUGGAUUCGCGUCUUUGCAGAAAUUCACCUGGCGACGGCCCGAGGGCCCCCCUCCCUGGAUCCCCGCAGCUUCGUGCCGGGUCCCACAUCAUCGUGAGCCCGGCACAAGGAGGUCGCGGCGGAGCGGGUUGACGCGACGCCUGAGGGUCGGUGGCCGGUUUUGUAAAACAGUCGAAGUGGAAUUUUCCACUCUGUUUCCUUGAGCGCAGUACAAAUGUUGGUUUCGUGAAACCGGCCACGGCCCUCGUCGAGGGUGUUGGCUGGCAGCUGUCUCGCACCACUGCUGCCACACAAGCGAUGUCAUUGCGAGGGUCCUUGCAAGAGAGCAGGGAGGGGGGUCACGGCCGUCGGUUUAUUCUCUGUACCCAACCGCGGUGUUGCGGUGGCCCCCACGAGCCCCGCAAUUGGGGUACGGCCCGGCGAUUUUGCGGGCCCGCGUGGAGGGGGUCGCGAGACGCAGGGACCCCCGGGAACCCCUGCAAGCCCGGCGCAGAGACCCCAAUCGAUGGGGACAUUCUGUGCCGUGGCAUUCGGAGGCCCCCGUGGGCCCCGUGUUAACGGGGUCGCGUGCCCCCCGGAGAGGUCAGUGGCCGGCUGCAUACACCAAGUGGAGGGAUGGCUUCCCUCGCCGUGCUCUAUGCAGCCGGGCACGGCUUUACUGGCCGCCUCCUCGAGCCGACCAGGCCGUGGAUUCGCUGUGCAAACCCCCGUCCCCUCCCUCGGUUUUAAACGACGCGUACGGCGAGCGCGAAACCCGCGGCGUGCGCGAUGAAUGUAGGGCGCGUCGGAGGGCGCCGUGUAAAUGCGCCGCGUUGCGACGACGACGGCAGCGCGAGUUGACGUGGCGAGCCGGGGGCUGCGUUGCUCGCGCGGUUUCUUGUGGGUUCCUGAGCAGAGUGGGGCUCGGAAAUGCGCACCCAAUCCCCUUCUCUUCCCCCCCCCGUGUGAUGUCCACGUGUGCCUGUGUGAGGUGUGGUGAUCAUGUGGUGAAACCAGGGCUGUGUGUGGUGACGCCAGACCUGUAUUGUGGAUGGGGACACCGUGAUUGUGGGGUGUGGUGACUGUGGUGCUCGAGCUGUGUUGAGCAGUGGUGGCUCGUGGCUGCAGUUGGAAGAGGGGUGCUGGUGGUGGUGGGGAAACAUUCUCCGCCUCGGAUUUCCCAAUCUCGGCUGCUGUGAGCCGGUCUAUGAAGACGGCUCAUGCAGUGCCCUCAGCUCCUACGGGAGCCCGCACGCUGGUGAAUGACGAUCGUCAAUCCGCCCGAGCGCGUCGCGUAAAGCUUGGAAACCUGUGGUGGAGUCUAGCCCCUGUCCAACUGAAGCCAGGGGCGGUCGCUGGUGUAGGUAGUGUGGUCGCACCGGAGUCUGGCGUGGAGUGUGGCGACACCGACACUUCGUGCGGUGGAACCAGAGCUGAGCGAAGGGCGCGGUGGCACCGAUGCCGUUCUGACCCUCGUGCGUCGUGGUGGCGCCGUGUUGCCCGGCCCUUCCGAGACGACGCGGUGCGGCAGGGCCGAGCGGCCGUGCCGACUUCCCGGUCCGCGAGUCGCGUGGACGCGGGCUUAUGGGAGGAAGUAUUUGUUUUUAAUUGCAUUUAUCGACACUGAUGUGACGUGGCGUGCAUGGCAGCAGCAGAGAAUCAUGCCGCCCCUGUACGACAACGUGGAACGUUCCUCCUGCCGCGGGCCUCUAGCGUGGGGCCGUACCAACCGCGGCAGACCGGGGGGAUGAUCAGUUCCAUCUUGCGUGCAGGGCGAGACAUGCGCGCGUAUUCUGGAAUUGCGUCACUGAUUUAAAAAUGUACAUUCUUUUUUAUGAACAUUUCUUUGCAAUCUUUUGUAAUUAGUUUUAGGCCUGAAGCUGAUGAAACCCCCCGCGGCAGGCAGGGCGGCUGUACCCGCGCGCCGUGGCGCUGCUGUCAGCAUGCGAACAGUGGCUCUGGCGUCGAGUCACAGUUGGGGCUUCAUGACAAUAAAGAAUUGUACAACACGAA